AUGUCUCACCCCUUAACGAUAAGUAAAAAUGUUUUAAAAGUUUAUCAUAACGAAAAUAUUCGGUUUAAACCAACGAAACGUAUAUUAAGCAUAAAUUUGAAUCAAUGGAAAGAAAAUUUACCGAAAAAAUUAAUAGAAAUAUGUAUCGAUGUUAUUGCAUCUAAUUGGGAAGUUUUACAAUUACUUAAUGAACUUCCUUUACUUGCAAACGUAAUUUCUUUAUUGGAUAUCUUAAGAGUUGAUCUUCCAUUAAAAUUAACAGUACCAAAAAUAGCAUACGAAGUUUAUUGGUUGAGAUGUUACAAAGAACGUUGGCCCAAAAAUUCGGUUAUAGAUCGGAGCUUUUCUGAAGUAGAAAAGUUAACUAAUGAAAGAAAAGUAGUUAAUGAAAAAAUUAUUGAUAAAAAUGAAAGAAAAACUUGGAAGGAGUUGUAUUUGGAGAAGCAUGUUCAAGAAUACUUAGAAAAUUUAGAUCCAGAACAUUACGAUGUUGAAAAAAUAAACGAUUUGUACAUUUUAUGCAAAGAUUAUGUAACUAGUUUAAAUGUUAGAGAACUUAGAGCACCGACUUCUAUUAAUAUUCCAGAUCAUGUUCCCUUAAAUACGAUUUUAAUGGGAUUUUCGAAUCUAAGAGAAUUAUCGUUGUGUUUUAAACAAAAAUACGUGGGUGAGAAAUUUUCUUGGCACAUUUUCAACACGACAAUGAUCGACAUCAAAAAUUUAUCAAAAGGAUUGGAAACUUCAAAACUAGAGAUUUUAAGAAUACAAAAUUCUGAUAUAAAUUGCAUAAAGUUAAAAAUGAUCUUAAAAUCAUUAGAUACUAACGAUAAUCUUAAAGAGUUAGAAUUUUCUCACUGCAAAAUUGCGGAUCACGGAGCGAUGGCAAUUUCAAAUUUUAUUAAAAAUCAUGUCAACGUUACCAAAUUAAAUUUAGUUAACAAUUACAUCGGAUACGCUGGAAUUAAAAGUUUGGCAUUUAUUCUUAUGGAGGACGAUCAUUUAAACGAAUUAAACGUACGUUUAAAUAUUAUAAAUAGUAAAGGUGGAAAAUUUUUGUUUUACGCUUUAACGAAAGGAAAAAAUGUUUUGAAGAAAUUAAAUUUAUCCGGAUGUGGAUUAAACAGACGAAAUGUGGAAAUAGAUGAGUUGUUAAGAAGUAAUGAAACUUUGGAGAAAUUAAAUUUGAGUAAUAAUCGGAUGGGAAAGGAAAUCGAAAAAUUGAUAUUAAGUGGACUCCAAUUUAACACAACUUUGAUUAAUCUCGAUUGCAGAAGAUGCGAAUUUUCUUCAGAUGAAGCUACGAAAAUAUUUGAUCUUUGCGAAGAUAACAAACGGAAAAAUCGAUCGAAAGAAGUCUGUUGGGAUCCACCUCAAUUUCAAUUCCGAGAAAGUUUUGAUGAAAUCUUUUCAGUAGAAUUUCAAAAAGAAUUUGAAAAUAUAUUAAUUGAUUAA